AUGGGUUUAGCUGGUACGAAAACAAAGCAAAGAUUUGGUUUAGAUCCAAGAAAUACUGCCUGGAGUAAUGAUACCUCUAGAUUUGGUCAUCUUCAAUUAGAAAAAUUUGGCUGGAAGCCUGGUAUGGGACUAGGUAUGUCACCAACUUCCUCACACAAGACUCAUAUCAAAGUAUCUAUCAAGGAUGAUAACUUGGGUUUAGGUGCUAAGAUCAAGAGAACAGAAAGAAAAGAUGAGUUUGAUAAUGGUGAAUGUGCAGGUCUUGAUGUAUUUCAAAGAAUUCUGGGCAGAUUGAACGGUAAACAAGAAGAGAUUUCCAAGGAAUUGGAUAUACAACGUAAGCAAAAGAUUAUAGAUGGUAAAUGGGGUAUCCAUUUUGUACGAGGAGAUGUUUUGGCCAGUACUUGGGAUCCAGAAACAAAAAAAUUGAAAAGUUAUUCUAACGAUAAAAAGAGAUCCAGAGAUGAUGAUGAUGAAAAAUUGAGUUCAAAGAAUAAAAGUAAGAAACAGAAGAAAGACAAGAAAGAUAAGAAGGAUAAGAAGGAUAAGAAGGAUAAGAAGGAUAAGAAGGAUAAGAAAGACAAGACGGAAAAGAAGGAAAAGAAGGAAAAGAAGGAAAAGAAGGAAAAGAAGGAAAAGAAAGAUAAGAAAGAUAAGAAAGAUAAGAAAGAUAAGAUAGAUAAGAAAGACAAGAAAGAUAAAAAAUCUUUAAAAAAUAACAUAGAAGUGAGCACAACAGCUUCAAACAUUCCUUCUACGGUAAGUACAAGACUUUCAGUCCGUUCAAGAUGGAUCAAACAGAAAAGAGCAGCAACAAUGGAUUCUAAAGCUCUAAACGAAAUCUUUAUGGUAACGAAUACUUGA